UGGAGGAGGAGGAGGGCACUGUUGGAGAGGUGGAGGAGGUGUGUGAGCCUGGGUGGUGGCAGUGUUGGGGGGGCUCUCAAUGUGUGCCUCUGAAUGCCACCUGUAGCGGCGUGCCCCAGUGUGCUGAUGGUUCCGACGAGUUACAAGAGAUGUGUGGUUGUCUCCCAGGCGAGUACAGCUGCCCGGACCAGUGUAUUGAUCAACUCAAGAGAGUCAUACACUUGCGCCGAUACGCAUUACAAGUGUGAUAAUGGGUUCUGUGUGCCCAGGGAUGUGCUGUGUGAUUUUGACGAUGACUGCGGUGACAGUUCCGACGAGCAUUAUUGUCUGUACAGGAAGUGUUACGAAGAGGAGUUUACGUGUGGCAACGGAGAGUGUGUGUUCCCAGGCUUCGUGUGUGACGGUGAACCUAAAUGUAGUGAUGGUAGCGACGAGACACAUUGCCAACCAGAGGACUUUGCAGUGUGUAAAUCAGGGCGGCUGGUACACAGACAUUUCUGGUGUGACGGCUCGGCAGACUGUGCUGACAACCACGCUGACGAACUCCACUGUGGGGAGUGUAGAGAAGACCAGUUUCUCUGCCCCAAUGGCCGUUGUAUACUGCAGGGGAAUGUGUGUGACGCCCAAUGUGACUGUCUCGAUUGUGCUGACGAGCGUAACUGCAGUCGCUUUUAUACCACGAGGUCUGGUGUGGCGGUGUGUCAGUUGGGCCAAUCAAUCAGGUGUGGUAUUCUGACAGGUGAUCGCCAAGAGGAGAGGUGUGUGGCAGCUGAGUAUGUGUGUGACGGCAUCGACCACUGUCACAUAGGGAAGAAGAGAUUAUCAGAUGAGCUGGAGUGUUGGCAUAUGAGCAAACCAUGUCUGCCGCCAGAGGGAGAGGUCGAACCCUGGGUCCAGUGUUCAGACGGCCGCUGUGUUCCCAAGUCUCUCCUCUGUAAUAGGGAAGGCGCGUGUCCCAACGGCCAGGACGCCAACGGGUGCCCGGUUAUGACGUGUAAGGAAGGAGAGUGGCAGUGUUUCAGUGGUCAAUGUAUUCCUCUGCAACACCACUGUGACGGUAAAUUCUAUCACUGCAAUGAUUCAUCGGACGAGCGUAACUGCAGAAAGGUGAAUGAGAAGUGUACGUCAGAUUGGCGUCCGUGUUCAGAUGGUCGGUGUAUUCCGGGAGCCUUCUUUUGUGACGAGAAGGUCGACUGUCUUAACGGUGAAGACGAGGACAACUGCACGGCGACCGUGGAGUGCGGGGAGGGGGAGUGGCAGUGUUCCAGUGGUGGGCAGUGUGUCAAUGUGUCCUACCGAUGUGAUUUAUAUUUCGAUUGUAAUGAUACGUCGGAUGAGCUUCUUUGCAGUGAUCAUGAGUGUGACCAAGACCAUAUGAAAUGUCAUUCGGGCCAGUGUGUUCGUCGGGACUACUGGUGUGACUAUGUUGUGGACUGUUUUGAUAAGUCAGACGAGAUGUACUGUGAGAUCAACAUAGGCUGUGAGGAGGGGCAGUUUCAGUGUGCUAGUGGCCAGUGUAUACCUAGUGAGGACCGGUGUGUCGUGCACCAGGGGACCACAAGAAGAGGGUGUGGCGACGGAUCCCAUUUGCUGAACUGUAAAGGAUCAAACGGAACAACUUGUGGUGAAGACAUGCACCGAUGUUUAUCCGGCCCUUGUAUACAUCAUUCGGAUAUCUGUAAUGAAAAGAUCAAUUGUCCAAACACCUGGGAUGACGAAAGCAACUGCAUAUUCUCCUGCUCCAAAAAUGCUGCCAAGUGCCGAUGUUUUAACGUAGAAGCCAACUGUUCCAGCCUUGACCUCCAGGAGUUCCCAGACACAGAGGAACAAAUAAACAUCUUUAUCUUCGCCGACAACUACUUGAACGUCACCCUCGAAGCAAAGCCGAUACGUCAAAACAUGAGUCGAGCCAUCCACCUUGAUCUAUCGAGGAACCACAUCGCUCACCUGAGGAACGACGUGUUUGCUCACCUGUGGAGAUUGAAGAUUCUUGACCUACGCGAUAACCACCUCACUAACCUCACGGCCAAUGCCUUUAAUGGCCUUCUCAACCUUAGGUCAUUACAUCUAAGUGGAAACAGCAUCACAUCCCUAGCCUCUCAUGCCUUCUAUGGUCUGACAUCCCUCGCUACGCUGGAUCUCAGCUACCAAGGAUUGACUCAUAUCUCAUCUAACGCGUUCCUUGGUCUUCGUAAACUGGCCACACUGUCUCUCUCACAUAACAAACUCGGUCACCUGCAUCAUAAAUUCUUCAGUGGUCUUCAAAACCUCAAAAAACUAGACGUCAGCCACAACUCCAUCGUCACCGUCAACUACAACACGUUUCAACACAUCCCCAAACUCAAGUUUCUAGUGUUAGACGAGUUCCGACAGUGCUGCCAGGUAAGACACAUAGCCAGAUGUGUACCAGAGGCGGACGAAUUCUCUACCUGUGAGGACCUGAUGUCUAACCUGGUACUGAGAGUGUCCAUCUGGGUCCUCGGUCUGGUAGCGCUCUUCGGCAACACCUUCGUCAUCAUCUGGAGGAGCGCCUUUAGUAGCUUCAACAAGCUAAACUCGUUCCUGAUAGUUAACCUGGCCCUAGGUGACCUCCUGAUGGGGUUUUACCUGAUAGUGGUAGGGGGCGUGGACCUACACUACCGUGGGGUAUACGCUGAGCACCAACUCUUCUGGAGGACUUCUUGGCUCUGUCAGAUGGCCGGCUUCCUCAGUACCUUCUCCUCCGAGCUCUCAGUGUUCACGCUUACGGUCAUCACCGUUGAACGCCUGAGAAUCAUUAUGCAUCCCAGUCACAACAAAAGCACAAAGCCAACGAAACUGGUGAUGGCUGGGGUAUGGAUUGUGGUGGGUGUGUUGGCUACCUUACCGCUCGUCAACCGAGAGUACUUCAAUAAUUUCUACGGGCGUUCGGGAGUCUGUCUGGCGUUGCACAUCACCCAAGAGAAGCCGAGUGGAUGGGAGUAUUCAGUCUUCAUCUUCUUGGGUCUGAAUUUCGUAUCCUUCGGGGUGAUUGCUGUCAGUUACGUGUUAAUGUACUUCGCGGUUCGUAAGACACGCAUGGAGGCGGCGAGGAUCAGUCGAAGGGAGGAUGAGAAUUUGGCCAAAAGAAUGACCCUGAUAGUGGCCACAGACGCUGCCUGCUGGUUACCCAUCAUUAUAUUGGGGGUUGUUUCCCUGUAUGGCGUCGAUGUCCCACCCAAGGUGUUCUCAUGGGUUGCAGUAUUCAUCCUGCCUCUCAACGCUGCUGUCAACCCAGUGCUGUACACCCUCUCCACGUCCCCCGUGAGGAAGAAACUCGGUACCAUCCGUCAGAGUUUGAGUAGCCGUAACUCCGGGUCGGCCACAGGUAUCCCACUACCGCCGAUAAAGAGACCGAGGGAGUCGACCUUGAGUUCAGACGUGGUCAAAACAAGCGAUAAGGGAACAGCUGUGAACACCAAGGAUACAGUGUGUGUGUACAAACCCGGUACAGCACAUACACAAGACGUCCUCACCUGUCUUCACAAGUCUCCUGAAGCGGUGUAGGAGACAUAUCCUUGUAGAUGACUCCUAUUGCCCCCCCCCCCAACACCACCCGCUCACCCCCACCUUUCCAUAUUCGUGUAUCUGAAUAUAAUAAGUUUAUUCAUGAGUUUUCUAAAAAAAAAUUGAAAUAUAUUUGACACAUUCCUAAAGUUGUGCAUGAAAGGGUAAAAAAAUAGAUUUGUUGUAAGAUGAUCGUUACUUUUUUUCGUAUAAGUGAAAAAAAUAGUUGUGUAAUUAAUGUAUCACCAUAUUGAAUGACAUUUGAUGGCGAUGUUUUAUGUAUAAGAAAAAAAAUAAACAAAUGAAGUACAACGGGCGACUGGAUACAUCGCUCGUGUUUUAUCCUAGGAUUCGUUGAUUCUAAACCAGAGCAAUCACAGCCCACCCAGCUGUAAAUGGGUACCUGACUUUACUGUUGGGAAAAUGAAAACUGUUGAGUGCAGUGCCAGCCAUGUUAGCUUCCAGUGUACCGAACUCUUAGUAUAUAAUGUGUGUGUGUGUGUUGUAUCCACAUUCUUUCAUCACUUUCAUAUGUAAGAACGAAGGCAGCUCCUAACCAAUGCUUAGUCACAAAGUAAAAACAGAAGAAAAGAGACAAUGGAUUCUAAACCUUCUUUUCUUCAUUAUUUAACCCCACCUUAAAGGAUAUCGUCUAAUAUAUCUCUGUGACCUCAACAUAUACAAACUUAGAAGUUGAGUUGAAUAUUAUGACCAUUGUUUACUUACAAACAAACGAUAAAUUGUAUGUUUUAACUAGAAAUUGCUUACAAAAGAUAGAUUUAAUAGAAACACUUAAUGCGUGGUCUGUGCAUACCUAUCACAAAGGUACUCAAGCUAUCCAACCAGGAGCGAACUCGUAACAAUGGUUUGAAAUUAGACAAAUUUAGAUUUAGGCGUGAAAUAGGUAAACACUGGUUUGGAAACAGAGUAGUGGAUGAAUG